AUGCACGAGCUGGAGGCCUGGGGGUCACCAAGUCCUGAAGGCGGAGGACCAGGGAUCAGGCAGCCCAUGGCCAGCGAAGCUUUCCCGUCAGGCCUCAGCCAGUCCAAGAUUCUGGAGCUCUUGGGGGACACGAGGGCUCUGAAGGAGGCCUUCGAGGCAGGGGACCUGCCAGCAGUAGCUGCCAUGUUACAGUCCACACUUCAUUCUUUGGAGAAUGUCCGGCUGGACAUUGGUGUCACCGGGGGGACAGGCUCAGGCAAGUCAACCUUUGUCAAUGCCAUCCGCGGGCUGGGGGAUGAGGACCCCACCUCGGCCUGCACGGGCGUGGUGGAAAUGACCAUGGCCCCCACGCCGUACCUGCACCCCAAGUACCCCAAUGUCAUCAUCUGGGACCUGCCGGGCAUAGGCGCCCCCGCCUUCCAGGCUGACAAAUAUGUCCAGCGGGUGCUGCUGGACCGGUACGACUUCCUCCUCCUCCUCACGUCCGAGAGCUUCACUGCCAACCACGCACGGCUGGCCCGCGAGAUCCUGCAGCAGGGCAAGCGUUUCUACUGCGUCCGCUCCAAGGUGGACGUGGACAUCGCCGCCUCCCGCAGCCGCCGCCCCAGCUCCUUCUCGGAAGAGAGGGUGCUCAGUCAGAUCCGCGACGACUGUGUACAGCGGCUGGAGGCGGAGAGCCUCAAGGACCCCAAGGUCUUCCUGCUCUCCAUGUUUGAGUUGGGCAAAUACGACUUCGACCUGCUGGAGGAGGCGAUGGUGAGGGGCCUAGAGAGCCACAAGCGGCACGCGUUCCUGAUGGCCCUGCCCAACGUCUCCAAGCCCACACUGGAGCGGAAGGCAGCCUCACUGCGGAAGCACAUCUGGCUGGUGGCCACGGUGGCCUGUGGGGCCAACCCGAGUCCCGUGCCAGGCGUGCCGGAAGUGGCGUGCAACCUGUUCCUGCUCACCCACUCCUUGGAGGGCUACCGCCACAGCCUUGGCCUGGACCAGCACUCCCUCAUCAGGCUGGCAGGGCACACGGGCCAGCCGCUGCACAAGAUCCUGGAGGCCCUGCACGACCCGAAGACUAAGGUCACGGAGGCGCUGGUGGCAGAACGGCUGGGCCAGGCCUCCGGGGAUGCCUCAGCUUUCAGCCAGGAGCUCCUCAAUGUGCCCAUCCUGGGACCCCUGACCGCCUGCGGCCUCUCCUUCGCCACCGUCUACCGGAUGCUCCGCACCUCCCUGGACGUGGCCGUCAGAGACGCUGAGAACGUGCUGCUCCAGGCCUUCCCGGACAACCCCGAUCCUGACUGCAAGCUCCUAGGUGAACCUGAUCAAGGACCCCAGCCCUGAGCCUCGGCAGUGAGGGGCUGGGGGCACGCAGGCACCGUGUGUCCCCAGGCCGGGUGGCGUUGAGGGAUGGGAAGGAAGAAACUCCGGCUCCAAGUCUCUUGGGCUGAG